UACGUUAUUUUGUAUUUAAUCAAACCACAUUCAAAAUGGGUAAAAAAAGCAAAAAAGCAGAAAAAACCUCCGAGAUGAAUGAAUCACAAUCUGAAACGGUAGCUGUGGAAGAAAAUAUAAUAAAAGAUAAAAAGUCGAGGAAAAGAAAAAAUAAUAAUGAAUCUUCAGAUUUAGUAGUAAAUGAGAAACCAAUAGAAAGUGAAGAAACUCCUCUAGAAGAGCCUCUAAACAAAGAAAAGAAAUCAAAGUCUAAAAAGAAAUUAAGCGAAAGUAUAGAACAAGAUAAAAAAGUCACUGAAAACCAGAAAACAUUAGACUUAACAACUAAAAAAUCUAAACAAAUUGAUCAGAUAGAAGAAACACAAGAAAAAAAGACCAGUAAUAAAAAAGAUAAGGUGAAACAUAAGAAUAGCUUGAAACAAAACGAUCAAAAUGAAAGUAAAAAUAAAAAAAUAAUUUUUGAGGAAGAUACAGGUGAAGCUAUAGAAGUUUCAAAAAACAAAUCAAACAAAAAUGAUAUUGAUGAUCUUAAGGAGGAAGACGUAAAAGACGAAGAUAUUGAUACAUUCUGCAAUGAAAUAACUGAGGAAGACAAUGCGCAAUACGAAAAUUGGGUACAAUUAAUUGAAGCUAAGUUAAAAAGCAAUAAAUCAAAGUCAAAGACAUAAA